AUGUCUCUCGCCGGGCUGCGCAACAUGCGCUCUCAGUGGUUUCCACCACAACCGACUUUCACAGAGCAGCAUGUCCCAUCGCAAAAAGGUCGAGUAUUCAUCGUCACGGGCGGCAAUGCCGGCAUUGGUUUCGAGCUCGUCAAUAUCUUGUUUGCAACUGGCGCCAAGAUUUACAUGGCAUCGCGCUCCAAAGAACGCGCCGACAAGGCAAUAGAGACCAUCACAACCGCUACCCCAGCACCCAAAAACCCCGGCACCAUCGUCUUUCUCCCUUUUGAUCUAAAUGAUCUCGAGAGCGUGAAAUCAGCCGCCGCCUCAUUCGCGCAGCAAGAGCCCAAGCUCCACGUCCUCUGGAACAACGCCGGCAUGGGCGCUCUGAGGGGAGAAGAAGGCGCCAAGACAAAUCAAGGGUUCGAGCCCAUGAUCGGCCUGCACUGCAUCGCCGCCCAGCUAUUCACGCAUCUUCUCCUGCCCCAACUCCGUGCGGCAGCGGCAGAAGCCCCCGGUGGUUCGGCCCGGGUCGUGUGGACUUCGAGUUACAUGGCGGAGUCGACGACUCCAGAGAACGGCAUCGACUUUACCCUGCUCGACGAUGGCACGCCAGACCGUUCGCGCAACUACGCCGUGUCGAAGCUCGGUAAUUGGCUGCUAGGCCGCGAGAUGGCUGACCGCUAUGGUGCCGAUAACAUUAUCAGCGUCAUACAGAACCCUGGGAACUUGAAGGCUGGCUCGUACAAAGGCGUUCCGCCUUUUGCCAUGUUCUUUAUCAAUCGCGUCCUGCACGAGACCAAGUUUGGUGGCUAUACUGGGUUAUAUGCCGGCCUGUCCCCGGAGAUUUCGCUUGACAACAAUGGCGCGUAUGUCAUCCCUUGGGGACGAAUUCGCAUCGACGCAGAUUGCCCAAGAAAGGACCUCAUCAGGGCCAUGAAGCCUGAGGCGGACGGGGGGCUUGGCCAUCUCACCAAGUUCUGGGACUGGUGCGAAGAGCAAUGGAAGCCAUUUGUCUAA